AUGGGCGAUGACGAGGGCUCCGUCGUGCACGGCGUCAUCGGCACCGACGGUCUGUUCGACGGCAGUGUGGUCACCGCCUCGGAGCACUAUUUCAUCGAGCCGGCCAGCCGUUACCUACCCUCGGACCGUGCGGUGUCCCACUCACUCGUCUACAAACUCUCGGACGUGGUGCAGCCCGAGCAGCACGGCCGUGGCUGCUCGGCGCACGCCCACACACCCCGGAACGACUCGAUCGUGGACGAGUGGCUCGGUCACGAACAGCUCUAUGAAAACGUCACGGGGCCGGCAGCCGAGGCAGCCGAUGGAGGUGGAGGGCGCCACAGAAGACGGGCCGUCAACAACAAGAAGACUACGUGCACCAUGUAUCUGCAGGCGGACCACCUGUUCUAUGAGCAGUUCGGCAGUGAGGAGGCCUGCAUUGACGCCAUGAUCCGACACGUACAGCAGGCUAACGAGAUCUACCGAUCCGCCGAUUUCGAUAUGGACGGCGUACAGGACAACAUCGGCUUCAUGGUCAAACGGGUAAGGGUGCACAAGCCUAGCGCAGUGAACGACGUCGGCUACCGCUUCCCAGGCAACUACGGCGUCGAAAAGUACCUGGAAAAGUUCUCAGAGGAGAAUUACGACUCGUUUUGCCUGGCGUACAUGUUUACGUACCGAGACUUCGAGGGCGGCACCCUUGGCCUGGCGUGGACGGGCGACCUGAACCAGGCCGGUGGCGUCUGCGAGAAAAAUGGGCAUUAUCGUGGCAGCAAGAAGAGCCUGAACUCGGGCAUCAUCAGCAUUCUCAACUACGGCAAGCGGGUGCCGCCGGCCGUCAGUCACGUCACGUUCGCUCACGAAGUGGGACACAACUUCGGCUCUCAGCAUGACCCUGACAACAACAAGGAGUGCACGCCGGGCGGCAUGGACGGCAACUACAUCAUGUACGCGCGCGCCACAUCGGGCGACAAGCGCAACAACAACCGCUUCUCGCCGUGCAGCCUGCGUUCCAUCAACCCGGUGCUGCGCGUCAAGGCGCGCUCCACUCACGGCUGCUUCGUCGAGCCCCAGGCGGCCAUCUGCGGUAACGGCGUGGUGGAGGAGGGCGAGGAGUGUGACUGCGGCUGGGAGGAGGACUGCAGGGAGACCUGCUGUAACCCGAUGAGCGCCACACCACCCAAGGGACGGCCGCCGUGUCAGCUGAGAGCCGGCGCCCGCUGCAGUCCCAGCCAGGGUCCGUGCUGUAACGACACCUGCGAGUUCGGGUACGGCCAGGAGUGUCGGAACGACAACGGCUGUCGCGCCAAGGCCCGCUGUAAUGGCCGCUCCGCAGAGUGUCCGCCCUCUAUCCGGAAACCGGACCGCACCAUCUGCAACGAGGGAAACGUCUGCUUCAAAGGAGAAUGUUCGGGCUCCAUCUGCCUGGCAUACGGCCUCGAGUCGUGUCAGUGUGAACCAGAGUACAGUGGCAACGGCACGAAAUCCUGCGAGCUCUGCUGCAAGCGGCCCGGACCCGACCAGCCCUGCAUUUCGUCGUUCGAGUGGAACUCUGCUCCGUUCGAUAUUCCUGACCAGUUCAGCAAGCCGGGCACGCCGUGCAACCAGUACACCGGCUACUGUGAUGUCUUCCAGAUGUGCAGAGAGGUGGACCCGAUCGGGCCUCUGGCCACGCUCAAGAACCUGUUCCUCUCUGACAAGAGCCUGUCUGUGGUGAAAGAGUUCAUGGACCGCUACUGGUACAUGAUCGUGCUCUGUCUCAUCAUAGUCAUUCUGUCACUGAUUGCCGUGAUCCGGAUAUUCGGCAAGUCUCCACCCAAGUAUCACCGGCGUCACCGGCGGCGUAACAGUGCCGCCAAGAAGCGGCCCCGCGAGUCAGACGUGGAGAACCCUCCUCUGCCAGACGUGACGGCAGGGGCGGAGGCAGCGCCGGCGGCCACCGAGACAGCGGAGACGGAGCCAGUGGGAUCAGAGCGCGGACGACAGCCGCUCAAACGACGAGUGGACGAUGUGCGCCGAGCGGCCGCCAAGGCCCGCCGCGCAGCCAGCCAUAUGGCGCUGUCGUCUCGAGCUAGUGUGGCCAGCGGGGUAGCGCGGGUCACCCGCCGCGGUAAGAGAGACGGUAGCCGGCCCAGCGGCGAGCAACAGCGCAAACGGCGCCGCAAUGAUCAGAGCAAGUCGCGCGGCCGGCGCAGGGGACGCGAGCAGACUAAGGAUGGUGUCAAGGUGAUCAGCUACUCCAACAAGCCGGCUGAACUGGGCGUCACAGACACAAAGGCCGAGCCGCGUCUGAGCGGAGCCGCCGCCAAGAGCGCCGAGGCAGCAGCGUCAGCAGCGGCGGCGACCGCAACCGCGGAGCCGGACAAGCGCCAGUCGCUGCCGGCCGGGGUGACGCGCAGGAAGCCGACGGCACCGGCUGACGCCGAGAAGCGCCGAUCACUACCCAAGCCGCCAGGAAGUCCACAGAAACCGGCGCGGCAGGAGAGCCCCAGCAAACAGCGGCGCUCGACGGCAGACGUGGCCCCGGCGCGUGGUGAGGAGAGGGAGCGGGGCCGGCGGCAGGCGCGUGACAGCGACCAGCGGCUGGGACGCUCCUCGUCCCACCGUCAGCGCAGUGCCAAACGGGACGACAAGAAACGCUCCCGCUCCAUCAGUCCCACCAAACGACCGGCAAAGGACAGCCGGCAGACCACGAAACCAACCGCCGAGGAUAACAAAGCCGACAAGAAGAAACGCUUCGGUCUGAAGCACGUCACUUCAGCCGAUAACGUCAUAUCCGACUGGCUCGGCCGUAACGCUAAGAAGGACAACCACAAGCACAAGCACGGCGCCGAGCGCAGCCGUAAGAAGCCUAUCGUACCGACAGCGCCGAUGCACCCAAACGACCAGGUGCUGCAGUGGCUGCGGACUGCCUCCACGGAACCGAGCGGCGCUGACGUGCCCGACGGCCUGGCCUCGCCGCAGCCGAGCCGGCGCAUGUCGCUCUCGUCCUCUCAGACGAGCGGCAGCAUGCAGCGGCCGGCCGGCCGGCCCCGCUACGGACGCGUCAUCUCGUGUGACGAGUCAUCACUGGCUGGCCGGCGACAGUCGGCCAGUCCUGCACGGGAUACCAUCAGCUCGCUGGGAGCGGCCAGCCGGAGACGGGGCACCUCGCACUCCGAGCUGAGCCGCUCCCAACCGCCGCCCUCCGACGAGCGGCUCUCGUUCAGGGCUGUGCCUGAGGCAGUGUACGACCUGCCGCGCUCGGCAAGUCCGGAGCGAAUCUACGAUCUGCCGAGCGGCGGUAGUCCCGAACGGCAGCCGUCGCCGCCCGUCCUGGGUCGGCAGAUGUCGGUGCCGGCGUUCGCGCAGUCGACGCGAAGCGGCUCGCCCGGACGCCGGCCGCCUGAGAGGAACAUAUCGGUACCGGCGGGGCUCCACGGUCACCACUCACCGGACCGGCCGCUGCCGGCGCCGCCUGCCGAGCCGCCCCUCACUGAGGUACUAGACGAGUGGACGUCAGCCGAGCCGCCCCUCACGGAGGUCCUGGACGAGUGGGCGCCGGCCGCGCCGUCCGAAACGGAGACGACCGACUGCAGCCUGCCGGCGACGGCGACCGACCACUGAACUGUGAUAGUGAGAGCGUGAACGGGCCGCACGGCCGGCCCAGCUGUGAUGCCAACUAGUUUUAACCAGUCGAUAGCGGGCCCGGCGCGCGUCAGCCGGCCGGGGGACGGACAAUGGGCAUCGAACGCGCGCGGAGGGUACCCGCCCGGCGCGGGCGCGCGCAUAGGGCGCCUCACCAGAGGGAGAUCGGCAGAGGGUCUCAGAGAGAGGAACACACAGUCAGUGGGCGUACCAGUCACUGCGUUCCAGCAGAAGAGGGUGGUCAUUAACACAAUCUGCUCAGUGUCUUGUGACGUGCCUUGAUUUGUAUCUUCCUUAUGAUAACUUAUGUGCCAAUGAAUGGUAACAUGCAAGUACUACCAAUAAAUGUUAUUCGUUUUAGUUUA